AUGGCCGUAAGUGACAAGAAAUUUAAUGAAAUGAUGACUCAUAAUAAGAUGCUUGAAAACCAAAUUUCUCAACUUGUUAAUGCUUUGAAAGACCAAGAUAGUCUUUCAUUUUUACCUUCCCAAGGCCUAGAUCCCAAGAGACCAGUCAAAGCUAUUGUUACAAGGUGUGGUAAGGUUCUUGAGGAGAGUUUUCCUAGAAAGAGUAAGAUCAAGGAAGCCACAAAUGAGGUUUUGGUAGAAUAUGAGAGAGAUGGUGCAUCUUUGAGUGAGGUUGAGAUUAAGAAACCUAGUGAGGUGAGAGUGGAGAAAGAAAUUGUGAAACCCAAACUUCCUUAUCCACAAAAAUUCAUGAGACACAAGUUAGAUGAACAAUUUGGAAGAUUUAUUGACAUGCUCAACCAACUUCACCUUUCUCUACCAUUUACCAAAGUUGUCACCCAAAUGCCCAACUAUGCAAAAUUCCUCAAAGACAUUUUGAGCGGUAGGAGGACUUGUGAUGUUGUAAAGACGGUGAACUUGACCAAGAAUUAUAGUGUAAUUAUAAUGAACAAGAUGCCACCUAAGCUCAAAGACCCCGGAAACCUUUUUCAUCCCUUGUGCCAUUUAUAA